AUGGCGGAUCUCACAAGAGGAACCUCCCUCCCAAAGGAACGAAGCAGCCCACAACCCCUAAUCCUCGGCCGCUACGAAAUGGGCAAACUUCUCGGCCACGGAACCUUCGCCAAAGUCUACCUCGCACGCAACGUCAAAACAAACGAACACGUCGCCAUCAAAGUCAUCGACAAGGAGAAAGUCCUCAAAGGCGGUUUGAUCGCACACAUAAAACGCGAGAUCUCCAUCCUCCGCCGCGUCCGCCACCCAAACAUCGUCCAGCUCUUCGAGGUCAUGGCCACCAAAGCCAAGAUCUACUUCGUCAUGGAGUACGUCCGAGGAGGCGAGCUUUUCAACAAAGUAGCCAAGGGGCGUCUCAAGGAAGACGCCGCUCGCAAAUACUUCCAGCAGCUUAUCUCCGCCGUCACGUUCUGCCACGCUCGCGGCGUCUACCACCGUGACCUCAAACCGGAGAAUCUGCUCCUAGACGAGAUGGGUAAUCUUAAAGUCUCUGACUUUGGGCUCAGCGCUGUCUCUGAUCAGAUGCGUCAAGACGGGCUUUUCCACACUUUCUGUGGGACCCCUGCUUACGUGGCGCCCGAGGUUUUAGCGAGGAAGGGUUACGAUGCUGCGAAGGUUGAUAUUUGGUCUUGUGGUGUUGUGUUGUUUGUUUUGAUGGCGGGGUACCUCCCGUUUCACGACAGGAAUGUUAUGGCUAUGUAUAAGAAGAUUUAUAAAGGGGAGUUUAGAUGUCCGAGGUGGUUCUCGCCGGAGCUUACGAGGUUGAUGUCUCGUGUUCUUGAGACGAAUCCGGAUAAAAGGUUUACUUUCUUGGAGGUUAUGGAGAAUCCUUGGUUUAAGAAAGGGUUUAAGCAUGUUAAGUUUUAUGUGGAAGAUGAUAAGCUUUGUAAUGUUGAUGAUGAUGAUGAGGAGGAGGCCUUGGAGACUGGUUCUGUCGAAUCAGACCGGUCUUCUGCUGUGUCUGAAUCUGAGAUUGAGUAUUUGGAGCCUAGAAGGAAGGUUGUGGGGUUGCCUAGGCCCGCGAGUUUGAAUGCUUUCGAUAUUAUAUCGUUUUCGCAAGGUUUCGAUUUAUCAGGGUUGUUUGAUGAUGAUGGGGAAGGUUCUAGGUUUGUCUCGGGAGCUCCGGUUUCGAAGAUUAUAGCGAAGUUGGAAGAGAUUGCGAAAGUUGUGAGCUUUACGGUGAGGAAGAAGGAUUGUAGAGUGAGUCUUGAAGGUUCAAGACAAGGAGUGAAAGGUCCUUUGACUAUUGCAGCGGAGAUAUUUGAGUUGACACCAACGUUGGUUGUCGUGGAGGUGAAGAAGAAAGGAGGAGAUAGAACAGAGUAUGAAGAGUUUUGUAAUAAUGAAUUGAAACCCAUGUUGCAGAAUCUGAGAGCUGAUGAUGUUGAAGAGCCUGUUACGGUUUCGGCGGUUGAUGAAACUGUGAUAUCUCCACCGGUUUGUUUCUUGCCUUCUGAUACUGAAUAGAUGAUGAAAGGCCGAAAGCUACAGAGAUCGUUAGAGAAAUGGGAUAUGGACUUUGAGUUAUGUUUGUACUAACCUUUUAGCAUUUAUUUCUUGUGUCUGUCUGUGUGGGAGAAUUGUAAACAGUUUCGCAGCAGGUCGUUGAUAUGUAUAAAACAGUGAAAUGAA